UACAAUGAUGGAUUUCCCGCCAAAAUUGCGAUACCUAAAAGCCAGUGCCGUCUCCCGCCCACACCACAACUGAUAUCAGAUCCAAAAACAGAGAGAAUUGCAAACGAAAAUCUACAGUUCCAGAAACAGAGAGAGAAUUGAGAACCAAAAUCUGCAAAAGAUGAGCGGAGUUGUAAGGAACAAAGUACAGAGGAAGUUCAAGAUGAGGGGUUACUCCCUCAAAGUCGACGCUCUUUCCGAAGUCCUCUCUUUCCUUUCUCAUUUUCCUUCCGAUGCCCUUGACGACGCUCUUGAACUCCUUCUCGAUGAGCUGCACCAUCUCUCUUUGAAAUCAGCGAUUCUGGACAGAGAGCCGGUGCAUAAAGUCGCGACUCUUUUAUUGGAGGCAGAAGCCGCCGUUGAGGAGAACCCUAGCUCCAGUUCAUCACCUGCUUCUGCCCUUCGUAUUACUGAUGCUUUUAUUGUUCCUAAAUUCCGAUACGAUCCUGUUAAGAAGUUCUUUCACGAGCACACAGGGAGGCUUCCUAUUCACGGUGAUGCCUCUGCAAAAGCCACCUUAUACAAGGAUAGAUUCCUCUUAUUAUUCCAGAGGUUAUCUCGUGAUCCACGGUUUUCAACCCUUGCUUUUGAUGCCCCUACUUCAGAGUAUGGCAGCUGUGAGAUAUCUCCCAUUCAAUCUCUUGUUGGGCGGGUAGGGAGAAGAUGGAUAAUGGGUGUAAUAUCUCAGUUGGAGGAUGGUCAUUUCUACUUGGAAGACCUUACUGCAGCUGUCGAAGUUAAUUUAUCGAGUGCAAAGAUAACUACAGGUUUCUUUGCGGAAAAUACAAUAGUCCUGGCAGAAGGUGAAAUGCAGUUGGAUGGUGUUUUUCAGGUCAGGACAUGUGGAUUUCCUCCAUUAGAGGACAGAGAAAAGUCCAUGGCAUUUUUUUCAGGACUAGACUUCUUUGGUGGUGGUAUUCUUACCAAAGAGGAAACUCUUAGACUUGCAGAGCUGGAGAAAAAAGCUGUGAAUGACAUGUUUGUUAUACUAUCUGAUAUUUGGCUGGACAAUGAGGAGACUUUGGGAAAUCUGGAGACUAUCCUCAAUGGUUAUGAAAAUGUAGAGGUGGUUCCUUCUUUAUUUAUCCUCAUGGGAAAUUUCUGCUCUCAGCCAUUUAAUCUUUCCUUCAAGUCGAUCUCAAGUCUCAGGGUUCAGUUUGGAAAGCUUGGGCAAAUGAUUGCCUCGCACCAACGACUAAAAGAGCAUAGUCGAUUUCUGUUUAUCCCUGGUCCAGAUGAUGUAGGUCCUUCAACAGUUUUACCCAGAUGUCCUUUGCCUAAAUACCUAACUGAAGAACUUCAGAAAUAUGUUCCCAAUGCAAUAUUCUCCAGUAACCCAUGCAGAAUCAAGUUUUAUACCCAAGAAAUUGUACUAUUUCGCCAAGAUUUGCUUUAUAGAAUGCGAAGGUCAUGUCUGAUACCUCCCUCAACAGAAGAAACCAGUGAUCCAUUUGAGCAUCUUGUUGCGACGAUAAUACAUCAGAGCCAUCUCUGCCCCCUUCCUUUGACAGGUCAACCCAUUAUCUGGAAUUAUGAUCACAGUCUACACCUUUAUCCAACCCCGCAUACGAUCGUGUUGGCGGACAAAAGUGAGCAGAAGGCUUUCAGGUACACAGGAGUUACAUGCUUUAAUCCUGGUUCCUUCUCAAAUGAUGGCACAUUUGUGGCAUAUCGGCCGUGCAAUCAGGAAGUAGAACUAUCAGCAUUGUAAGCAUCAACUUCAAGCUGGCACUUUAGCUUAGUGAUUAACUGUUUGGUGGCUAAAUUAGCCUCAAUUGUCUUUUGGAUCUUUCAUUAUCUUUUUGUGUCUAUAUGAGGGAUUUCUGUAUACUAAUUUAUUGUCUGUUAAGCCCAUAGGAUACUCAUUCUUACAGGUUGUAGCUCAUGUAAGCCAAUUUACUAUCAGUUGGUUAUCAAAGUGACAAAUAAUCUUCUUUGGAUGAACA